AUGGAGCUGAUCGACGGCUGCCCGUUUUCCCCGACCUCGGCCGCCGCCUUCUUCUACGACGGCGCCUCCUGCCUCCCUUCCCCCGAGGGGGACCUGGCCCAGCGGAUGGGCGCCGGCGCUUCCUCCUCGUCCUCCUCCUCUUCUUCCUCCCCUUCCUCCUCCUCCUUCGGAGAGCCCCACCACACGGACGCGCCCAGCGGAUCCGACGGGGAAGAGCACGUGCGGGCGCCGCGGGGCCACCCGCAAGCCGGGCCCUGCCUGCUGUGGGCUUGCAAAGCCUGCAAGAAGAAAUCCAGCACCGGCGACCGACGGAAGGCGGCCACCCUGCGCGAGAGGCGGCGGCUGAAGAAGGUCAACCAGGCCUUCGAGGCCCUCAAGCGGUGCACGGCGGCCGGCGGCCACCCGGGCCAGCGCCUGCCCAAGGUGGAGAUCCUGCGCAACGCCAUCCGCUACAUCGAGAGCCUGCAGGACCUGCUGAGGGAGCAAGUCCACACCUACUACCGCUUGCCCGGGCAGCGCUGCGCCCAGCCCGCCAGCCCCACCUCCAGCUGCUCCGACGGCCCGGCUGACUGCAACAGUCCUGUGUGGUCCAGGAGAAACAGUGCUUAUGACAGUGUCUACUGUUCGGAUCUCUCCAAUGCAUAUCCCUCAAAAGCAAACACUGCUCUCUCCAGCCUACAUUGUUUAUCCAGCAUAGUGGAUAGAAUCUCUUUCCCAGAUCAGACUGGGCUUUCUCUGCAGGAUGCUGCCUCUUUCUCUCCCAGUGCCAGUCCUCUGUCCCAGCCAAGCACUUCUGAGAGCCCUCCUCCCAAGCUCAUAUAUCAUGUACUUUGAGCUGUCUGAGAUUUGAAACCAGCUGGAGCAAUGCUUGGACAUUUCUACAAACUGCCAACAACCAUGAGGAGACUCUCUCCAUUGAAAUCCAAGGCUCCUGGAGUUCCACUGGACCCAAAAUAUGUCUAUAGAAGUGGAGCAGUCACUUUAAAAUGCGUAUAUUUUUGUAUAUUUGUGAAUAUUUGUGUCCUACCUCUC